ACUUCUCCUACCCGCCCCCCCUCGGCCCCCCCUUUCCUGACGACCCCAGCAGCACCCCGGGUUUGUGGAGUCUCUUCCCUGCGCGGGUCUGGCGGACGUGUCAGUGCCACAGCCAGUGCGUCCGCAGGCAGGCAAGCAGGCUCGAGCAGCGCAGUCCGGAGGGAGCCUCAGGCCUUGGACCCACGCCGCCAUUUCUCCCAGGGAACCAGAGCGCUGCGCAUGGGAACACGAUGCAUUGUGGGCUGCUGGAGGAGCCUGACAUGGAUUCCACAGAAAGUUGGAUUGAACGAUGCCUGAGCGAAAGCGAGAGCAAGCGGUACUCAAGCCAUACCUCCUUAGGGAAUAUGUCCAACGACGAAAAUGAGGAAAAGGAGAAUAAUCGAGCAUCUAAACCUCAUUCAACUCCAGCUACUUUACAGUGGCUGGAGGAGAACUACGAGAUGGCGGAGGGCGUGUGCAUCCCACGCAGCGCCCUGUACAUGCACUACCUGGACUUCUGCGAGAAGCACGACACACAGCCCGUCAACGCAGCCAGCUUUGGCAAGAUAAUAAGACAGCAGUUCCCGCAGUUGACCACACGCAGGCUGGGGACGAGGGGACAGUCAAAGUACCACUACUACGGCAUCGCGGUGAAGGAGAGCUCGCAGUACUACGACGUGAUGUACUCCAAGAAGGGGGCGGCGUGGGUGACGGAGACGGGCAAGAAGGAGGUGACCAAGCAGACAGUGGCCUAUUCACCGCGCUCCAAGCUGGGCACUCUGCUGCCAGACUUCCCAAAUGUCAAAGAUCUAAAUCUGCCUGCCAGUCUGCCAGAGGAGAAGGUCUCCACCUUCAUCAUGAUGUACAGAACUCACUGUCAGAGGAUACUGGACACCGUUAUACGAGCAAACUUUGACGAGGUGCAGUGCUUCCUGCUGCACUUCUGGCAGGGCAUGCCGCCCCACAUGCUCCCGGUGCUGGGCUCGUCCACUGUGGUGAACAUCGUGGGAGUGUGCGACUCCAUCCUGUACAAGGCCAUCUCCGGGGUGCUCAUGCCCACUGUUCUGCAGGCACUGCCCGACAGCCUGACGCAGGUGAUCCGGAAGUUUGCCAAACAGCUGGAUGAGUGGCUGAAGGUGGCGCUCCAUGACCUGCCCGAGAACCUGCGCAACAUCAAGUUUGAGCUGUCGAGAAGAUUUUCGCAGAUUCUGAGACGGCAAACAUCUUUAAACCACCUUUGUCAGGCCUCCCGGACGGUGAUCCACAGCGCAGACAUCACCUUCCAGAUGCUGGAGGACUGGAGGAACGUGGAUCUGAACAGCAUCACCAAGCAGACGCUGUACACCAUGGAGGACUCUCGCGAGGAGCACCGCAAGCUCAUCAUCCAGCUGUACCAGGAGUUCGACCGGCUGCUGGAGGAGCAGUCUCCCAUCGAGGCCUACAUCGAGUGGCUGGACUCCAUGGUGGACCGAUGUGUGGUGAAGGUGUCCGGGAAGCGGGUCGGCUGCUUAAAGAAGGUGGCGCAGCAGUUCCUGCUCAUGUGGUCGUGUUUCGGCACCAGAGUGAUCCGGGACAUGACCCUCCACAGCGCCCCCAGCUUCGGGUCCUUUCACCUUAUCCACCUGAUGUUCGAUGACUACGUGCUGUACCUGCUGGAGUCGCUGCACUGCCAGGAGAGAGCCAACGAGCUGAUGAGGGCGAUGAGGGGCGAUGCCAGCGCAGCAGACAGGCAGGAGGAGCUGAUGUUGGUAGAGGCCACGCCCCCUCCUGCAUCACCAGGACCCUACUCCCCGGCGAAGUCCGUCACGUCCGUGGGGAUCCCCACCGCACAGUCCCCUGGGACUGCGCAGUCACCUGAGUACACCGGCGUCACGACAACCACAGCAGGUGCAGUUCAGUCAUAUACCUGGUCCCUUACGUACACAGUGACGACGUCGGGAGCCACGCCCCCUGAGGGAGGGCAGCAGCUGUCCUGCAUGCGCAGUGGCCCCGCCACCCCAACAGGCUCCGCCCAUAGGAUGCCCGUCUACGCCCAUCGUGAUGAACAUGGGUACACAGGCUAUAAUUACAGCAGUUAUUCCAAUCAGCACCACACCCCCAUCCAGACCCAAUACCCCUCCCUACACCACGAGCCUGGAAUAACCACGCCCCUCCACUACCCCGCCUACCACCGCAGCUCCCCCCAGUACCCGCUGAACAGCCAGAUGUCCCGUAUGGAGCCAUGCCUGAUGGGGGGGGGCCCGCGGCUGCACCCCACCCCCGUGGCCCCCAGGUGGCCGGACGUCCCGCCGGCCAGCGGCUGCUACAGCAGCACCCCCGUGCACUCGUCCCGCUACCCCCCGGCGGGGGAGCUGUACUCGCCCCUGGCCCCGCGGCGGAACUCUGAGUAUGAGCACGUGCAGCACUUCCCCGGCUUCGCCUACAUCAACGGCGAGGCCAGCGCCGGCUGGGCCAAGUGACCGCGGCGGGGACGCCACCGCCAACACCAACCUGCACCGCCACCGCCAACCUGCACCGCCAACACCAACCUGCACCGCCACCGCCAACCUGCACCGCCAACACCAACCUGCACCGCCACC